AUGUGGAAUCACUGGUGUCCAUGGUAACACCUAAUCUUGCAGUCAUCUGUGUCCUUUUAGAAGACAUUCUUGGACUUAGUGGCAAAGUACCUAACCAAUCAAUGCCGACAUUACUGGAACAUCAGCAAAUCAUAUCAACGCAGCUACAGGGUGUCAUAGCAACCAUCUCAAAGAAGGGACUACUAAGCAUGCUCAGUACUGAGCCAAUCACAAUCAGGGUCAUGACCUUAAUAUUGAAGUUGAAAUUGAAGAUUUCUGUUGCCAUGGAAAGUGAGGAAUGGGAAGCCAUGUUUGACCCUGUUUUUAGACAUGCAAUACAGUACUUCGCAAAGUGUGAUCUCGUAAGUAACUACUUACUGUCACAUGACUAUAUAAGGUUCCUAUGUACUGUCCUACAAGGGUUUGACUUGCUAUCAAAUGUGCUUCCAAAGAACUUUAUAUUGAUUGCUUGGAACACUUUGAAGACUGUGAUACAGCACAGCAAAGGAGACAACGUGAUUGAGUUCUCACAGGCAUUAUUGAAACAUACAACAUCUGAAGAUCUAAUUGCCGUAUUCCAGCUGUCACAUGACAUGAAUAUAUCCAGUCUACUUCCUGUUUUACACAUGUUUAAAUUAUUACUAGAUUCUAGUGACCAACUUGAAGUAACCAAGGAGAUUGUACCUGUUAUAACUGUAAACAUAGUGACUAGUUUACAACAAAACAACGAGGACCAAACAACUUUACUUAUGCUACAAGUACUGAACCAAAUUGUACAGAAGAGAUUAUUAGAACCUAGGAUGGUGUUGUUUGUACUCCAUGGUUGUCUAUCUGUUCUUGAUAUAAACACAGCAUCAGUCCAGACUGUGUGUCUCAGUGAAGCAACUAUUUAUACUGCAUUGUCUACUAUCUUGUACUCAAUGCUAAACAACUACUCUAAAGUCAUAAUAACAGCAUUGCCGAGUUAUAUCAGUUGUGUCUCUCAUCUUAUGCAUUCAGUGAUGAGUGGAAGUCAACAAAAUGAUUGCGCAAUAGAAGAACUGAACAGAUGUGCCCAGGAUUUAGAAAGGUUAUUGGCCUCAUUGUCACGCAACAAAAUUGAUGUUUGUCGAAUGGCACCAUUCAUUGUUACAGAGUACAUCAAUCAGUUGCAGAAAUACACAGUAGAUCCACUGAUAAAGGCUACUCUCACACCCGGCAUUCAUUGUUUGUUACAACUAUGUGAUAGAAACGGUUUAGCGUUAUUAUAUACAACAUUACCCGAUGACCUCAAGGAAGUCUUUAAAUCUUUCCAUUCAGAGUUCAACAAAUAUUAUAAAUACAAAGGAAAAGUUUGAAGAAGUCAAUUGAUUUAAUUUCAAGUUUGCAACAUUUACUCUAAUAUCACAUAGAGAGCAUACUGAAUUUCUCAAUCUAAAUGAUGCAAUUGUUAACAGCUAAUGUAACCUUAUAGAAUUAUUACAAAUAAAGUUUGUCUUACCAAU